AUGGCAAAUGAAAUGCGGAAACCCUCAGCGGUGAAAAAAGCGAAGCGGACAAUGAGGCUCAAAGGGAAAGACCAUGACUAUGGUGAGACCCAGGAGCCUGAUGUUUUCCUGUCUCGAGGAGGACAGCAACUAGAACUAAUGGACGAAGAACGACACCUUAGCUUUCCAGCGAAAGCUUCUCCAUCAGCCUGGACAAAGAGUAAUAUCAUCGGCACCGAUGAAUCUAUAUCUCUAUCGCAAACUAAAACAACUGGAGAGAGAACCAUCUGGAGCCCAGGGCUAGUUACCGAUCUUAAUGAGAACGGCAACCCGACAAAAGUUACUGGUCGAAAGGUGGAUGAGAGACAUCUGGCAUUUAAACUGGCUGCCAGAGCUUGCGAUGGGGGCAGAUUUCUCAAUGGCAAGAUGAAACAGUUGCUGGGUAUACAAAGUGGCACUGAGCUCGCGACGAACGAAAAGGUCAGCUGCGUGUUUGUUGGGAUAUCACCACUCAACUGCCAGCCCAUCUUCAUGAUGAAGUCGGAUACUCAAUGUUUCCCUGAGAGCUUUGACGGUGUUUCACUUCAACAGAAGACUGAAGAAUCAUUACAUCUCGACAAUACAGCAUCUGUCACAUUGAUUACUGAACCAGAGGGCUAUGUCCCUGGCCACCAGAUCAUCUGGACUGAGAAUAUGCUGAUUCCAGGCAAUAUCUCAUAUGUCAAGCGUGCGCUCCACGAUCGCCUAGCUGACGAUGAGAAGAAUCGAUUUCUUCAGGUUAUGAGGCGAGAACACGGCCUUCUUGAAGCUGGGAGUGGUCCAGCUGGGGUUGCUAAGACCCUACCGUCUAAUGAAGCACCAGACCGAAAGCCGUUGCUUCGUCGCGCUAUUCAGGGUGGCAAAGAUUAUACCAAUCUGCAUUUUAUUCUGCGGUGGCCUCCAAUGGCCCUGCUGGAAAUCCCCCCCGGCAUGAUCGAAGAAAUGCAAGACUUUCUAAACAAGCAUCCAUCUGAUAAUGUGCCCUUGAACAUUGCACUGGCCGCAACAAUCAUUUACUUCGAUAUUGAGGAAACAGAAGAUCACCAAAGGGAGGGUUUUCUGGAUUCCUUCCACAAAAAGCCAUCUCUUGUGAAAAGGGCUCCUCUGGGGGCUCUUAUUAUAUUCUUUCCCCACAUGCUAAGGUUCGUGGAAAAAAACCACUUAACAGCAUUCAUUCAUCCAUUCCGGUUCACCAAUACGCAUAACUCCACUCAUCAUCCCUCCAGAGUCAGUUCCACUCGUAAUGACCUAAAUCCAUCCUCAAUGCGCUCCUGGUACUACCAGAUAAGGUCUCGUCAUCCGCAAGUGUCCGCGGACUUAAGGUUCACUCUGAUUCCUGCAUCCAUGCCGGGAACUACUAUGGUAUUUCCUCAAGACUGCAAACAUGCUCAAAAGCCAUCACCUGAUCUUUUCAAACUAUGUUGCUUGAAUGACGUGCGAACUCUUGGGCUUCCCAGUUACUCCCAUGAUCGAGAGCGCGAUUUCAAGUGGGUAGGAGGACCCAUGUGGCUCUUUUCAGAAGCAGUUCGGCAAACCCAGAUUGCCUACUAUCAACUUGAUGGUGAUCCUUCUAUCAACUAUUGGAAGGCUGACCGUCUCGGAGGAUUCAGAGCUCUUACCGGUCCGGCAAGAAUAAUUGACUCUGUCUUCCCGGAUGUAGGGUCUGAUUAUUACCAGAAAGAGACCAUAACCUCUUGUGUCGAGCGGUGGUUUGGCAAUGAGACCUCUUACACUCAGAACUUCCAAUUUUGCCACGACAAUCCAGAGCUUGAACGAAAGAACAUGGCAACCAGGGUAGACGAGCUCAUCAGGAUUGCCGAUCGCUUGGGCAUUCCAUCCGCUGAACGACGGACGAGUCACAAGACCAUGUUACUUGAGUGGGAUGGAAUGGAGGGCCACUUGAAGUCGCUUCGUGAAGAAGGAAAGCUGAAGCGAUUUGCCGCGCCAGAAUAUCCCACACCUCCAGCCAAGCGAGCAAAGUCUGUCGAGCCAACCUUGAGCUCUAACAUGAAAGGGCAGAUUCUUCAAAUAAUCAAAGGCCUUGCAGCUGCAUCCUGCGACUGGGACAAUCUACUAAAAGAUCUCCAAAGCCCUGCCGCAACAGUGAAGGCGAUUCAAGAGUCAUUCUCCCAUGUGCGUUUGUUCAUAUCCGAGUUAGAGAAGACACUACAGAAUGAGAAUGAUGACAAUGGCCAAGGAGAUCUGGACCAGGUCAUUCGACUGGUCUUUCGAGCUGAGGGGCUUUUCGGGUCGGGAGUAGAAGCAAUGGACUACGAGUCAAAAUGGGACCGCCAUCGUGACAGGCUUGCCCAGCUAUUCGGACAGCCAACUGGGAAGGCUAUGGAAGCUGUUUUCAGGCUCCGGAAUACUCCUGAUGCAUUUAGUAUUAUUCUUCCCCAGAUUCAGGUUUUGGGAGAAUCUCCCUUGAUCAAAGACCAAGUCGAGGCCUUCAAGAAGAUCGAGGCACUACUGGGACCGCCGCCAACUGUCACCAACAUUGGGACAGCGUCGGGGGGGAAAGAGGCACAGGAAUGA